AUGGGAACUCAUUUACGCAACAUAAAGAAGAGAUUUGGAAGAACCUUGCUAAGUGAUGGGAAAACAAUAGGUGGAAAAGGAAGAUUGACAGCCAAAGUGAUAGAUCAGCUGUCAUCGUACUACACUCAAGCGAUUAGAAGAAACACUACUGUCACUAGCAUGAGAAAUGAUAUAUGGGCCACUUUCUUUCACAAAAAGUCCACUGAUAAAAAACCACAACACCACUUAUGUCCAGCUGGAGCAACUUCUUGGUGCAAAUGGCAGAAGGCCAAAGCACAGGGCACUUUAAAAAAAUUCACGCACAACAGUUCAAUACCUGAAGCAAUUAUGGAUGAAAUAGAAAAGACCUACGAAGAGCUCUCCAAGCCAGAACUGUUGGUAAAAUGUAUUGGAGCAUUUUCUCAGAACGUCAAUGAAUCCCUGAAUCAUUUACUGUGGAAGUAUGUACCAAAAAAACAGUGGAGUGGUGGUACUAUUUUGAACAUUGGAGCCUUCAUAGCAGUGUCCACAUUCAAUGAUGGUAAAACUGCUCUGCUGAAAAUUAUGAAAGAAUUAGAUAUUCAGCCAGGCCCAAACGCAAUUGAAUUCAUGAAACAAAGUGAUGAUAAAAGAAUUUACCAGGCAAAUAUUCAAGCUGCAUCAUCUUCUAAGCAAGCGAGAUCUGCUAGAUUGAAAAGAAGACACAAUGAUCCCAACGAUGACAGUUAUGUACCUGGUGGUCAUUGAAGUUAUCGCUCCAGCUAUUUUAACAGCAAACUUUGGGAAGAUUCAUCCAAAAAAAGUUGGUACUUUAACCUGGAAGUCAACACAAAGCAUCAUUCAUCAAAUUUACAUAUGAAAAUAGAAUUAGAGAAUGCAAAUACUUAUCUGAUUGUACUGGACUUUCCGAUUCACUUCGCCAGUGAACCGGCUAACGAAAUUUGUCGAGGUUAGCGCGUGAAUACAGCAAGGCGCCGCGAGAGAGACAGAUAUAGAGCAGACAGCUAAAAGCACAUGUGUACUAAUUGACAGAUGAUGGUUCAAAAUAUAACUUGUUGAUUAUUUUCAUGUGUAAAUAUUAUUGAAUGAUGUGUAGUGUAGUGUGUGUAUAAGCCCUUAAGUAGUAGAUACACAGAAGCUAGUGUGAUACUACGAACACAUAGUAGAUACAUUUAUUACGUCGCGCCCCGCUCAAGUGUGUGUAUACACUGGAUAUUUACACACAAAAAUAAGAGAGUAAUAUUACCAAGUCACAAAUCGCUUUGGCAGCUACAGAGCUCGAAGAUCGCGCUCACGGCAGGCCAGUUUAUACGAGAGAGAGAGAGCUAACACGGCAAUCACAUCGCUGCUGCUUUGGGCUUAUAUAGCGCGUAUAUCGCAAAAUAUAUAUAUAAACCGCGCUACCUAUAUAUGUAUGCGAUUGUGUGUGUGUGUGUAUGCGCGACGAAGAGAGUUUCCGAAUUAUAUAUUGGCAGUGGCGUAUGUGCGUUGGCACACAGUACAGUGUAGACAGUCGGACAAGACAACACGCGCGGCAUCGCGAGCAACGGCAUAGCAGCAGUGAGAUCAGUGCGUCGUGCUGUGCCUAAGGAAGACAUCUCUCGAUUCUGCGGACACGCAAAUACGCCUAUGAGCCAACUGGGCUGGAAAAACGUCGUCCGAAUCCUCGCCUGACUCAUAGCUCUAGGCGCUCGUAUGUUAUACAUGCUAUAUAUGCUGCGAUUCGUUAUCCGUCGAGGCGUCGAUCGUAUGUGUGCCGCUGGUUCCAACUGCAACUGCUGCUCAUUAUAGUUAUUUCAUUCUUUCGAUAAAUAUCAAGUAUAUGCUGUGCGUGCAUCGUUUUAAUGUGCGUGUGAGACUGGCUCGCGAAUCGCGAUAG